GCGGCCGUCCUCCUCGGGAUGUGGUCCUCCGCGGAGGACCGGAGGGUGGAGCCCGGGCCCGAGGUCAGCCAGCGUGGGGGUGGGUCGAGGCGCGGCUUGGACUCCGGCAAGUUGACGACGGCUGCCGGGGCAGUGAUCAGGGUGCGGCCGAGCCCCGACGACUCCGGACGAAGCUCGGUGGUCCUAGCGCCCGGGUCGCCGAGCGAGGUGACCGGCCGGCUCCGGACCACGACCAGGGCCAGCAUGGAGAGGUGGCGCGACCGGCUGGCACUGGUGACAGGAGCCUCGGGGGGCAUCGGCGCGGCGGUGGCCCGGGCCUUGGUACAGCAGGGACUGAAGGUGGUGGGUUGUGCUCGCACCGUGGGCAACAUCGAGGAGCUGGCUGCUGAAUGUAAGAGUGCAGGCUACCCCGGGACUUUGAUCCCCUACAGAUGUGACCUGUCCAAUGAGGAGGACAUCCUCUCCAUGUUCUCAGCUGUCCGCUCACAGCAUGGUGGCGUGGACAUCUGCAUCAACAACGCUGGCCUGGCCCGGCCUGACACCCUGCUCUCAGGCAGCACCAGCGGUUGGAAGGACAUGUUCAAUGUAAGGGCUCCAGGCCUGGGGAAGGGGAAGGGG